AUGGCGCCAUCCGAAGUUCAUCAUCUAUUCCACCACCCGGUACAUGACCACUCCUUCACGGCCGAUCGCUCCGGCGUUGCUGUCACCCGCGAGAACAACGUCGAGCUUUACGAGCGUUCAGGCGGCAAGUUCCAGCUCAGCGACGUGCUCACCGGCCACGACAAGACCGUGACCGGCGUCGACAUUGCGCCCAAUAGCGGCAAGAUUGUGACCUGCUCUCAGGACCGUAACGCCUACGUCUGGGAGCCCACGGCGGCGGGAUGGAAGCCAACGCUCGUGCUGCUGCGCAUCAACCGCGCGGCGACGUGCGUGCGCUGGUCGCCGUCGGAGACCAAGUUCGCGGUGGGCAGCGGCGCGCGCGUCAUCGCCGUGUGCUACUUCGAGGAAGAGAACGACUGGUGGGUGUCGAAACACCUGAAGAAGCCAAUCCGCAGCACCAUCACCUCCGUUGCCUGGCACCCCAAUAGCGUGCUGCUCGCUGCCGGCUCCGCUGACGGUCACGCCCGCGUCUUCUCCGCCUUCAUCAAGGGCGUCGACCAGAAGCCCGAGCCCAGCGCUUGGGGUGAGCGCCUCCCUUUUAACACCGUCUGCGGCGAGUUCCUCAACAACACGACCGGCUGGGUCCACGGCGUCUCCUUCAGCCCCUCCGGCUCCGCCCUCGCCUUCGCCGCCCACGACAGCAGUGUCACCGUCGUUUACCCCUCUGCUCCUGAUGCCCCGCCCAAGGCAGUGCUGAACAUCAGCACCCAGCUGCUGCCGUUUGUGUCGCUACAGUGGACCGCCGAGGACACCCUCAUCGCGGCCGGUUACGACUGCGAGCUCUACCGCUUCCAGGGCAACGAGGGUGGAUGGCAGUUGGUUGGAGCCCUGGAGACGAAGGCCGAGGCCGCCGGCGCCGGCGAGCAGGAAGAGAGUGCCAGAAACAUGUUCAGGCAGAUGGACCUGAAGGGCAAGGUCAAGGAUGACACGAAGCUGCAUUCGACGCACCAGAACACGGUUCUGAUGAUGCGCAGCUACCAGGAGGCUGGCGGCCAGAUUUCCAAGAUCAGCACCAGUGGUGUUGACGGGAGAGUUGUUGUCUGGGAUAUUUAG